AAUUUUACUGUGAUUGUUUUCUAUAUUGAGGAAAAAACAAAACCCUUUUCGAAGUCGAAAUUGCAGUAGGGUUUUGGCAGCGGAGAAGAAGAGGAGGAGGGGAUGAGUGGGUCAGGAAUAGGAUCACCCGAUUUCUUCUACAGAGAAGCUCAGCGCCUGGGUUAUGUUGCUCGCUCUGCCUUCAAGCUGCUACAGAUGCAGAAGCAAUACAAAUUGAUAACAUCUGGUUCCUCCAUUCUCGACCUUGGUUGUGCUCCUGGUGCCUGGCUUCAGGUAGCUUGUCAGAGCUUGGGUCCAUUGAAAAAUGGCGGGGUGGUUGUGGGCAUUGAUCAAAAGAAGGUGAAGGUUCCUUCUAUGCACUGUGAUGCUAGGGUUAAAACUGUUUGUGCUGAUGUUAUGAACCUUCCCAAAGACCAAGUCAGGUUACUCUCUCCUCAGAAGGGAUUUUCUGUUAUACUCUCGGAUAUGUGCCCCCUUGUUUCUGGAAUCACAACUAAAGAUGCAGCUUUAUCAGCUGAGUUGGGGAUGCGAGCACUUGACUUAGCUGUUGGAGGGGCUGCAUUAGCUCAAUCUAAUGAUAAUAUUCAAUUGGAGGAGCAAUCAGAUAGCCCCAGUCCUGGACAGGAUGAUAAUGGUAUCCUGCGACCCGGUGGCCACCUUGUCAUUAAGCUUUUAGAAAGUGAAGAUGUGCAAGAAUUCAGCCGGAUAUGCAAACCACUUUUUAGAAAGGCAUCGUGGUUGAGGCCUAAAGCUACGAGAUCUUCCUCCAGAGAAAUUUACUUGAUCUGUCAAGGUUUGCGGCAGUGAGUUGUAAGAAUGGACUUAUGUUCUGAUGGCCGGUGACUGGAAUUUAGCAACCAGAGAACCACAUUAAGAAGUAAUAUAUUUUGUAACUUGAGUAAAUUGAUCCUGCUUGUUGGAUGGGUGCAACGGGGAUUUAAUUCCCGCACUUCUGUUGCUCAAACCAUGAACAAAAAUAUUUGCAAGAAUCUUCCUUAAUGGCUUGAUUAUGUUACCCAA